GCCGUGUGACGUCGGUAUGUGGGCGUGAGCGUUAUGAACAUCAACAAAAGAGAGAACAAGAGAAAGGAGAGAGAAGACGAUAAGGACUAAGGUUACAUCAGAAGACAACAGAUAUGUGGAUUUAACUUGCAAUAACAGUGAAAAUACUGUGGUGAAAACACAAGAUCACUUCCUUCAGUGCCAGACAUGGACGCCUUCAAGCUGAUGAAGGAACUAAGGGUAAAUUAUGAGCAGGAGGCACAUUAUCUCCCUAAAGAGACGGGGCUGAGCCUCAUUGAGUCCACAAUAGAGGAUGACAGUCGGAUCUCGGCCAAGUGCAGAGAUGCCAAAGUGGAGGACCUGUGGAGUCUGACCAGCUUCUUUGGUUACAGCACACAGACUUUUGUCUUGGCUGUUAACCUGCUGGACAGAUUCCUGGCCAUGAUUAGGAUCCAGCCAAAGCACCUGUCCUGCGUCAGCGUCAGCUGCCUCCACAUGGCGGCCAAAGUGACGGAGGAGGAGUGCAACUUGGCGCCCACCGGUGAUCUCAUCCGCAUCGGACAGUGCAGGUUCACAGUGUCCGACCUCUGCCGCAUGGAGAAGAUCGUUGCCGAGAAGCUCAACUUCAAGUCCAAAGCCAUCACUGCCUUAACUUUUCUGCACUUGUACCACCAGAUAGCACUUUCCCACUCCACAGACAGGAAGGAGAAACUGAGCCUAGAGAAACUAGAAGCUCAACUCAAAGCCUGCCUGUGCCGGAUCUCCUUCUCUAAAGCAAAGCCGUCCGUCCUAGCCUUGUCUCUCCUGAGGCAGGAGAUCGAAGGCGUUCAGUCGGAGGACAUGUUGGAAAUAGCCUAUCACAUCCAGAGACACCUAAAGAUUACGGACGGCGAGCUGCUGCUAUGGAGUGAGCGUGUGGCUCGGUGUCUGUCGGACUACGCCUCCCCUGAAUGCAGCAAACCCAAUCACAAGAAGCUGCAGUGGAUCGUGUCGCGACGGACUGCCCAGAACCUGCACAGCUACCGCGUUGUCCCUGAGUUGCCCACCAUCCCAGAGGGCUGCUGGGAUGAGAGCGAGAGUGAGGACUCGUGUGAGGACAUGAUGAGUUCCGGUGAGGAGUCUCUCAGCAGUUCCCUGGGCAGCGACGCUGAAGGGCCCUUCUUUCCUUUGCACCUCCGCCACCAAAAACACCGCCAACCCCUCCACGCCUGACGCCUCCCUGUGCUUUGCCGCCUCCCCCCCCUUUUAACUUCUUUACCUGAAGUCUUUAAUUUAUUGUUUAAUAAUCUCCGGUGCUGGUGGAGAAUCGCACAACAACUGGCAGCUGAGCAGUCUUCCUGGUAGAUUUGGUAGAUUUUAGUCUGUGGAUGUGUUGGUGCAUGUUAAGAUGUCACAUUCCAGGGUGCAAGAUUAAUGCGUAGUUAGAUAAAAUUUGGUCGACGUGACGCAGUGUCUGGUCUUUAAGGUGCUGAGCUACAAUGAGACACUGCAGUCCGAUUCUCAGUUCAGACCAGAAAAGGUUCAUGUCAUCGACAAGAUAAUUUGCCAAAACGUGGUAUUUAUUUUAUAGAAUGUUUUUUUGUGCGUGACUGUUAUUGAUCUAAGACCGCUUUUAUUAAGGUCAAGGUGGUGUGAUCUUGAUGUACAGAAGCUGAGAGCAGCUGUGGUCGGUGGUCAAAACUUAAAUGUUCAAGUUAUGAAAGACCUUUAACAUAAGGUACAGAAAUAAGUCAAUUAUUCUGAGAUAAAGACACAGACGUCCUAAUCAGAACUAAAUUAUCUUUUUCUCUGGAUAACAGGGUUUAAAAGGUAAAUUUGUAGCAUUGUUUGUCAUUUCUUGAGAUCAUUACAUUGUGAGCAUGUCUGCUCUCAUCUUCUGUAGUCAAGUUUAAUUUGCACAGUUUUCUUUUUUAUCUCAUUUGAUGUGUCAGAAACUGUUCACUGAGUUGUUUAGAGCUCGACGUGUUUAGUCAGUCCUGGAUGUCACAGCAGGGUGACGUGCCUUGCUCAAAGGCAGCAGGGGGAGAGAUCUGAAUCAGUCAGUUGUUCUUCAGAUUCAAACCCUGCUGACAGACACCACAGGGUGUUCCGAAAAAACAAAAAACAAAAAAACAUUUAAUGAGUGUAAGUUGGUGGAUGUGUGUACGUAUGACCCUGGUUUAAAUUUAAAGUUGAUAACUUUUUAGGAUGAAGCUUAAAGUUUGGUGUUUUGAAACUGUUAUGUGAGAAUGCUGUAUGGAACAAAAUGUUGACAGUGUAAAAAAAAAA